GUCAAUAAAACAAUAUGGAAUCGGGUGUACUUAUAAUUUUUGCUCGAAUAGUAAGGCACAAAACCUGCGCUUCAGUAUUAUUAUUACUCGCAAGCUUAGCAAGCGCCUCAACGCAUUUCCCUCAAACAAAAGUGGUGUUCACACUGGAGAAUAAUUACCACAGUGCACAAAAGCGAGAAGUUCACCGACAUCCCUGGCAAGAAAGCUCACAUGGGCAUAAUCAUAGAAUACAUGUUAGUAAUAAUGCUCCUGGAAGGGGAAGUUCCGUCGCCGAAGCAUGGAGAGCAGAAUGCGAGGAAGGGCGAGAAAUAAAUGGAAACCAAUUGAGUUCACCAACAUAUAUCGGAGCAGUAGGCUGGCAUCCAAGAAGUGAAGGGUAUCAGCAAAGGCAAAAGUCCAGCUCGGAAGAUGAUAAGCCCAAAGCAGUGCCAAUAGAUGAAAGAAGAAUUUGGGACAGACAUCUCACUAUUAGUUCCACUGAGCCAGCAAGACAAACUGAGCGAGACGAGAGUGCAGUGAUUACAAAAAUCAAUGUGGCCACAAGAAAUAAUUUUAAAACACGGCCACGCGAUCGAUAUAGAAGUCGCGAUGGUAUUCCAAUUAAAAACAAAACAAAUGGUGGCUACUAAUUUUGUUGCUAUGUUAUUCAGCAUGUCAGUAUAAGAAUAAAUUUAAGUUUAAUGAAACCAAAUAUCGAAAGAAAAGUAUAAUAAAUGGGGAAGUCUUUUUUGUAACUUAUAAA